CUUUAUACAUUACUUAUAGCAAAUUCCAAGCAUUCAAGCAAGUAAAAGUAGUGAAAGAAUGAAGCUGAACAUAGUUUCUAAAGAGCUAAUCAAGCCUUCCACUCCCACUCCUCUAGAGAAUGUGGGUUACAAUCUCUCAUUCUUGGAUGAACCAACCCCACACUUCUACAUCCCACUGGUUCUUUACUACCACAACCACAACCACACCAACCAAUCCCAGAUUCUGAGCCGUUUAAAGAGUGCUCUUUCCAAAACACUGACCAAAUUCUAUCCCCUGGCCGGCCGAUUCAAGGGGCAAACACUGGUCAGUUGUAGCGACGAAGGGGUUUGCUUCGUGGUGGCUCGAGGCGAAGGGAUGAUCCAAGAGAUGAUUGGGUUGCCGGAGGGGAAGGAGUCGGAGAAACUCGUUCCUUACCGGGAGGGGAACGCCGCCAUUGUGGCGAAAACGGAAGAGCUUUUGGCCGUGCAGGUUAGCUUGUUUAGGUGCGGCGGGGUGGCCAUUGGGGUCUGUAUUUCACACAGGGUUGCGGAUGUUUGCAGUCUUUGCGCAUUCCUUAAAGGCUGGGCGGCUUGUGCUUGCGGAGAUGAGAUCAAGGUUAGUCCAGUGUUCAAUGGAUCCUCUCUUUUCCCGGCGAGAGGGACACCCGAUUUCAAGCCGCAGGAAGGCUGCUCUGCUCUUCAGCCACCUCCGGAACCGGUAGCGACUAAGAGCUUCGUUUUCAGCGCCUCCGCCAUUGAUGAAAUGAAGGCCAAACACAUGAAAACAAACACUGCUCCGGCGGCGUCGCGUGUGGAAGUCGUAUCCGCCUUGCUGUGGAAGCGCUGUAUGGCUGCAAAGGAGCACAAACCCGGCGCCGUCGUCUCAGCUAACACGUUCCCGGUAAAUCUCCGGCGGGGAAUGGACCCGCCCCUGCCGGAAUAUUCCUUCGGGAACCUCUACCAGACGGCGAGCGCGGUGGCGGACGGGGAGGAAGACUGGCCUGGCUUGGUAACGAAGCUAAGAGCCGCAAGCGAAAGGAUUGAUAGUAGCUAUUUGAAAAAACUGAGAGGCGAAAAUGGUUUUCAAGUUUUGAAGGAGAACUUUAGCCAAAUUGGGAGGCUAAUGGGGGAAAGAGAUGUGGUGGUGUUGAGGUUUACAAGUUGGUGUGGGUUUCCAGUUUAUGAGAUGGAUUUUGGGUGGGGGACUCCAGGUUGGGUUAGUACUCCUGGGUUUGGUAGCAUUGACACAGUUAUACUGGUGGAUUCUAGAUAUCCUGGGGGAGUUGAGGCAUGGGUCACCAUGGCUGAUCAAGAUAUGAGCAGGCUUGAACAAGACAAGGAACUUCGCUCUUUCACUUGUUAGAUGCAUGCUUGAAUAGUUGAAUAAAGUAACAAGAUGUGAAAUGAGUGGAUUUUUCUUAAUUAGGU